AACAUUGUUAGUGUUAAGUACAUUUUGUUAUAAAAUAAAAUGGAUGGCUAUAAAUUGUUGAAGUUUGGUGUAUUUUUUACAAUCAGUGUUAUCAAAUUAAGUAUUUGGAUGAUUUAUUUAAAGUAACUUACGUCUGUUGCGCCACAAGUUCUUCUUCAAGACAUAAACUUUCUUGCUCAGCGUUCAGAAACCUAGUAAGAUUUUGAACAUUGAAUGUAUCAUCAGCAGAACAAUACAUUGAAAAACAUUCAUUGAAAAUCUAAUAAAAUGUCAACAGUUUUAGGUACUGCAAUGUCCACGACGGCCCACGACAACCAGUUCGACGUUGAACGCUUUGCGAGCGCCUGCGCUGUCCGUGACGUCAUCAUCGUGAAUGCUGUUCGUUUGCCGGAGACCUGUUGAACUGCGUGGCCUACAUCCGGAAAUCCCGUUACCCGUGCCACUUGUUCGGCACCACCAGACGCCUAGAGCUCCGUGCAUACGUGUUCAGGGGAGGGGAUAGGGGGCUCGGCGAUCGCAUUAUUAUGUUAUUAUUAUUAUUUUCAUAUAUACGACAGUAACGAUUACGAAUCGGUAACGCGUCAGCGUAUCGUGCCCGGCACAGACAUUUCACUCGUAUUUGCAGUGUAUACACUCACCUUAUUAUUACUUUAACGUACAGUAUUAGUAUUAAAUUUAAUUAAAAUUAAUAUAUUAUUGCAAAUAUACCUACCAAUAUACGCACGUAUGUUCGGGCUACCAGGAAUUAUGAGCAAAAGUGUCUCCGGACAGAGCGGCGGCAGCAAUCGGAGUCACAACCCUAAGGGCAGCAAUAACAGCAACAAGAGUAAAACGCUUACGUAUCUGCUGUGGCUGAUCGGCGGCGUCUGCGGACUGCACCAUUUCUACUUGGGUAGAGACCUGCAAGGCGUGCUUUGGUGGUGCACGUUCGGUGGGUAUUUCGGGUUUGGUUGGCUCAGGGACCUGUUCUACAUCGGUGAAUACGUGGCCGACGCCAACAAAGACGAGAAAUACAUGAAAAAAGUCGAGUACAUGGUGCGAGUACACGAAAAGCCACCGUUUUCUACGGUUCGAUUCACUGGAAUGGUAGUAGUGGCUUAUCUUUUCAGUACUGUUGUAUCCCUAGCAAUACCUGAGGAUAAUGUUGGAGGUCUUAGUUGGCAAUGGUUACAUGUAUUUACUCCUUUAGCUGCAGCUUUAGGAGUAUGGGCUGUGGGAAAUAUUGGUCAUGAAAAAGGAUCUCUAAAAUGGCCUUUAAUAUGUGCAUAUUUAGUACCUAUGGUUGGUAAUCCAUUGAAAUCAUUUAUUUUUGAUAAAUGGGGCUAUGAUAUUGAUGAAUCUACAUCGUUUGCUAUCAUGAUAUUAUCUGCAGCAUGGUCAUUUGAUCAUUUGGAAAAACGGUGGAGACCAAAAACCCGAAAGACUCCAGGUACUUUAAAGAGAAUUAUGGUUAUCAGUAUGUGUUGUUUAUUAUACAUGGCUUUAUGGAGUAGUUAUUUGUAUUUCAAUGCCAAAGUAACUGAUGAAGAAGGAGAUGAAGUACCAUUCCACGAGGCUUUAGGUCAUUUUUUCAGUUCACCUUGGUGGUUAGAUGUAAAACAAUCAUUUAUUGAUGUAUGGCAAUUUGCUCAAGAACACGGGUGGAUGGAGACUUGGCGGCAAAUAGUUUCAUUGUCUGAUCCUUCGGGUGAACAGAAUGCUUUUAAGGUGUUGGAAUUAAGAUCAGGAGCUACACAAACUGAAAUAAAAAAUCAAUGUAGAACAUUAGCAGUAAAAUACCACCCAGACAAAGCUAAAGAUGACGUAACUAAAAAAGAUGUGCAAAAUCGAUUCUUUGAAGUACAGCAAGCAUGUGAACUGUUAUCAAAUAGUAGAGCUAAAAGGCGAAGAAGAAAUAAACAAUUUAAUGAAGAACUUUAAGUUGCAAUAUUAUUUUAUUUUUGUUAUGUAUCUAUCAUAAAACCAUAAUUAUUUAAAAAAUUACUGUGAUAAAACCAAAUUAAUGUUUACAGCAACAUUAUUUAAGAACAGCAUUUUUCAUAAAUACUAUUGGUCAAGGUAUUAAAUAUUUAUGAGAUGGAUAAUUUUAAAACAAAAAUUACAAUUUUGAAAUUCUUUAUAUGGUAACUUAACAUUAUACUUUAUAAAGGAAUGCCUUCAUCAGAUUAAUAGUGUUUUAGUUUUAGGAAUGUUCAUUAUCAUUUAUUAUACUAUAACAUUGUCCAAUAAAACACUAGAAUCACAUUUUAUAAACGCUCAUUGAGUAUAAAUGUAUAAA